UAUCGGCAUGUGGGAUAAUGUAACCCAAACAUUAUAAUCCUAGUUACUGUCACAUCCACGUAGCCCUGUAACUCUGUCAUACAAUACGAGGUUUAUAUGCGCUAAGAAAAGGCUUAUAAACAUGACAUGCUGUGUGUACGAUGUCGUUCCGAAGAUACCGAGAAUUGGGCACCAAAGAGGUUGUAAAAUCGUGACACACUAUUAGAUAAAAGGCCACAUAUCUCAAGGAGAGCGCGUAUAGUAGAAUUUAGCAAAAGGCAACGUUGCUGAACAAAUACGUGAAUGGGGAAUGCGUGGUUAUUGAAUUAACCAUAAUUCAAAAGGGGUAAUCGCGAAGGUUGGAAGCGGAGCGGACAAACCCCCCCACAAGUAUCCACCCACUCACCGCACAUCAAGCAGCAAUGUUCACCCAAGCAUGGUAUCAUUCGUAUGAAGAUCGUUUUUAACUCCUAACUGCCGAACGCUUCCCCUCACGUGUGUCCCAAUGUGCACCAGUUCGUCUCAUCUCAUGUCAACUAUAGCAUCAAUCGUUCACCAGUGGGAGCUUGGUGGUUGCGGGUAAGACGGACAUACAGCCCGAGCUAGAGACAUCAACAAACAGUUCUAUACAAACCGCACACUUUUGGAGCUUGGACCAAAUGAUGGAACGCCGCCAAUGCGCUUCAACCUCUCGAUAAACCAUACCAUACCAGGAGGCAAUGUCAAUGGAAAGCCCACGGCGCCGAGCGCCAUCUGCGCCGUCGACGACUUAUGAUAUAAAGGGUACCAAUGAAGAUGAUAGAAUCGCCGAGGUCAGGCGAGCGUCAGCCGCCACGAACGGCAACCCAAGCCCCUUACCGGCGUCGACUUCAACCCGCUCCUUGUCGCAUGGCACAUUGGCAACAAGCCGCAGCUCCGACACUUCUCCGUCUUAUAAGUUGACGCAGGACGAAAUCGACUUCAUCGCGAGGACUGAGACAUCGAGCUGGUACGCGCGGGCAGAACCGACAAACGCGUACGAGGGUGACGCGGAGCCAGGAAUGGAACCACAUCUGCCCCGCAGAUCAGAUAGCAGCGAUAGCUACGGUAUGCGACCUUCGACAGCUUCGUCGACGGCGACGACAGGGUGGCGCGCAGUGAAUUGGGCGAGUGGGCGAAACAGCUCGAAAACGUCUAUGGACACACAAAAUGCUGCCAGUUCCAGCCCCAAGAGGUCGACGUUCGCGAGAUCAGAUCUGCCGAGGAAGUCAUCGCUGGGUUACGGCUAUAAUGAAUCGAGUAAUGGGGAUGGAAAUGUACAAAAGAUGGGAACGGGGGGGUUAUUACGACCACAGAAGUUACGACCACAGCGGUUGAAUAUUUUCGACGCUUUCGAUAAUACUACAGAUUACUAUUCCGAAUCGUCAUUACGACGUUUGCCAGAGGAAAUAAUAUCACUGAUAGUCGCGGAACUCAGGACCGUGCAUCUGGAUGCGGUCGAGAAGAAGAGGACAUGCCCAACUUGCUAUAUGCGAGAUGUAUGCAGCCUCACGCUCGCAAACCGCCAAUUUAUGGGACCCGCAAAGAAAGUGAUGUACGAGACCAUCAUACUCACAGGAUCGGACUCUAUGGGCCACAUCAAAAAGCGGUUCAGAAUAAAGUUUGGAACACGGCUGAAACUCCUGCGGAGGACAUUGCGGGCGAACCCUGGACUGGCAGAAUUGGUGAAGACGAUACGAGUACCCUCCCACAUGGAGGCAGGUGCGGGGAGCUCGAAGAAAGAUCAGCUGCUAUACGAUGAUAUUGUUGCAUCGAUUGUUAUGGCUUGCCCAAACCUCGAAAGGCUUGUUGGGUUUUAUCCCCAUUAUGAUUAUGAUUCCUCACGCAUCUCUCAUGCACUGAGCACUAGAACGAGGCUCGCCGAGCAACUUUGGAAUAUUGACGGACAACCGUCAUUCCAGACUUCAUACGCCAGGUCGGUUGGUGGAUACGGGGUUCCACUGUCUGAUCAAGCUCAGGCGUUUAUAUCCCACCAUUCCGGAUGGGACUUCCUUCGUACCUUGGCAAUACACUGUAGGCCGACCAGUGCCUUUGAUGCUUCGGUGCUCGAACCACUUUGGAGCCAUCUUCCCUCUCUCCGUCAUCUGGCGCUCUCUUCCUUAUCACCUCCACCAGAUUUUAUCAUGCAUCUCCCACCGCUAGCCUCACUCCACCUCUCAAUCAUCUCAACCGCUACUGCUCAAACUCUCAUCGACAUAACGAGAGCUCCACUCACCGCCACGCUCUCAUCUCUAACACUAUCCUUACUUCCACCCGACGUUAUGUCCAUUGUGGCCAUUGGACGGAUCCUCUCAUCUCUACCCUCACUCGCCCAAGUCUCCUUCUUUUCACCAACACCACUUGUUCUCCCUGCGGGGGCAACCGUGUUUCUACAUCCUUACAUCGCGUCACCCAGGUUAAAGUUCCUACACUGGGAUAUACCAUCUUCACCCCAAACCUCUGAGGUGAACCGAAACGACGCAAACUAUAUCCUCGCUAAAGCCAUUGAUGCCGGCGGAUUCCCACAAUUGCGAAGGCUGAGAGCCCCGAGAGAUUAUGAUGGGAUCUUACAACGCACCUGUCGGCCGAGUAGGGGUUUCGAUACUCCGUUGGUAGCCCCGUCUUUCAAUGGGAAUGGAAGGAACGGACAGAUACCCACAGGACGGAGGAAAGGCUCAGAGACUUCAAUGUCAAGCAGCACAAGCGGUGCCAGUGGGCACGCAGCAAACGGGGACUCCUCAUCCGGACCAACCUUAGGACUGCGAGAGGCUCGACAAGCAGCCCAAGCAAGAAUCGAUCUCGCAAAGCUGAAGCCGCGAUGGAAGAUAGCCUGCGAAGACUGGUCGACCCCCGGCCAAGUCCGCGUCACAGCCCGCUUCGAUGCUGGAGGAUUCGUAGGGACGAUCGGGUCGCGGGUCACGUACUGGCUUGAGGAAGAUGGGAUUGAAGGGCUUGACGGAUUGAUUCAUGGGAGGUCGUCGUAUGAGGAGUGUAAUGGGAGUUGGAAUGCGAGACAGGAUGAGAAGAAGGGGUGGGGUAGUGCGGGGCCGGGGGCGGAAUGGCAUACGCCGAGGGAGAAGGGGUGGAAAGUUGAGAGCUUGGAUAGGCUUUUUUGAAAAAGGGGGGGGGGGGUUAACUGUUUACCUCUUACCCUGUACCGACUACCCUUUACCUAUUACCCAUUACUCUUUACCAACUACCCUUUAUCCAUUACCCAUUACCCACUUUUUAUCGAGGGCAUUUGAUAAUGACUAAGCCUUGUUGUUGGUGGCGCCUAAUAUGGGGAACCAACAGAAGCUAAAGUAGCCAGUGGUUGCAGGGGGGGGUGGCCAAAGGUUGACCAGGGGGUGAUCACCAAGCCAAAAACCGAAAACCAAAAACAGUUUUUGGGCUGCAUGUCCCAAGCUUGGGUGGGCUCACCGAAUACCAAAAACCGAAAACCGAAACGAAGACAAUACCCCACCCAAGCUUGGGACAUUCGACCAAAAACGACAUUUGGUGCUUGACUUCGGGAGAGUCACGUCUGCCAUUGCAUUGUUGGCUGAAGAAUACUUCGGACUGGGAUGAAGCUACUUUCGACUUGGA